UAGAAUUGACAAAUCAGUUCACAUCCGACGAACGGAGGGUCGGUGGAGGGUAUACAGAGUCCAUCUUCCCACACCAAAUUUCUCUCUCUACAACCUCACUCCUAAUCAACAUUUUCUUUCUCUAGCUCUAACGGCGGAGCUCCGGUGAUUCCAUGGUUGUUUAGCGGCGGGAUGUUUUUGUCCGGCCAUUUCCCCUGCUCCAGUUUGUUGUUUGUUCUACAACACUCUCUCUAUCUCUAAUUUACAAUGCAGCUUCUUGUUCACAAUGUCAGAAUCUUGAUUCUUUUACUUAGAAAAGCUGUGUGAAAAUUGGCUCCAUUUGCAGUUGUGUGUACUGUAUUUUUUCUUUUUCUUUAUCCUUGAUCUCGCUCUUUCAAAGCUCGUUCUCCAAUUUAUCAUUUGUCUUUCUUUGCUGCUACUUGAAUCUGACUUCACUCUCUUUCUUUCUUACCUUUUUCUUUCCAUUUUUUUUCUUUUGUUUGAGCUAACCUUUGAAGCUAGAUUCUUCCCUUUUUAUCACUUUCUUUCUUUUGCCCCUUUCCUCUUUGUCUCUGCUUAGACCCAUUUUGAAUCUGUAAAAAAGUUGCUUUAUUAGCUUUUGGUCACCUAUUGGGCUCCUCCUGUUCUAAAGAUUAGGGAUUCAUUUCUUAAUUUUAAUUAUCUUUUUGGGUUUUCUUUUAGAAUGUUUAUCUUGUCGUUACCAGCUAAAUUCAAUGUAGGUCCCCUGAGACUCUGAUAUUUUUUUUUAUUCGGGCAUUUUUUGCUCUUUGAACCCUCUAUUCACGAUGAAAUUCCAUAGCUGUUUGCCUCAUUGAAGGUGAUUUUAAACCUCAGAAACAGAUCCUAUAUUUUGCAGCUAAAUUAUUCAGGUUGGGAUAUGCUUAAACUUGUGUCCCAUUUUUAUAUGAUAAGAUGUCUUUGUCUGUGUAAUUAUUGCAGCUCCUUCACUUAGUCUUAGAUGUUCUGUUUCUUGUUCCAUUGAAAGUUUCAGCAUUACUGCAACCAAGGGGUUAAAAGUAUUGAGAUGAAUGGGAUUCAGAGAAGAAAAGUUGGUAAUGAUGAAAAGCCUUUCCCUGGCUGUCUGGGAAGAAUGGUGAACCUCUUUGAUCUGAGUACGGGUAUCUCUAGGAACAAGCUUCUUACUGAUGCACCACAUCGUGAAGGUCCUACUCUCUCGAGGAAUCAGGCAGAUGUGGCAAGGAUGUUUAAUCACUCCACAAAUCAGUCUGAAGAUAAUCUGAGUCAGACAGUGCCUGAAUUGCAGAGAGCAUCAAAUAAGAGAGCAAGCGGAACACCUGUGAAGAUGCUUAUAGAUCAAGAGAUGUCUGAAAUGGAGAGUACGCAUAAUCCACCCAAUGUGGUUGCAAAGCUAAUGGGGCUUGAAACUCUCCCUCAUCAGUUUUCUGGUUCAUCUGUUCAAAGAAACAAUGUAAGAACCUGCCCGAAGAGUAGAAUUGAAAACCAUGGAGUGCUAUUAGGAUGUAGGGAACAUAGCGACUUCUUAGAAGAGGGAAUGAAAUAUCAAGUCGAUGAAUGUUCAGAGCAGAAAGAAUAUAAAGAUGUUUAUGAAAUAUGGCAGCGAUCUCCCCAAACAAACUAUAUUAAAGAAAAACUGCCAAAGGGAAUGGAAAGUGAAGUUGUGAAUGAUAGAAAGAUGGCUCUUGUUCGCCAGAAGUUUGUAGAAGCAAAACGCCUGGCCACAGAUGAGAAACUGCGGCAAUCCAAGGAAUUUCAAGAGGCACUAGAAGUUUUAAGUUCCAACAAGGAUUUGUUUGUCAAGUUUCUGCAGGAGCCAAAUUCUUUAUUUACUCAGCAUCUGAAUGAAUUCCAGUCCAUCCCUCCAUCUCCCGAGACGAAGCGCAUCACUGUUCUUAGACCUUCAAAGGUCUCUCGGAAUGAAAAAUUUACUGAUCUUGAGAAAAAAACCUAUAGACAAUCAAGGCUACCAGCUCAGAGGGGUCAGUCGGCUACUUUGGAUAAAAGUGAUUCAAGACUUUCUCCUACUCCAGCUACUAAUAGAACUAAUGAAUAUGCUGUAGGUGUUCAACCAACAAGAAUAGUGGUUUUGAAGCCGAGUCCUGGGAGGAAUCUUGAUAAUAAGCCCAUAGCCUCAUCACCUGGUCCAUUUCCUAGAGUGGUGCAGGAUGGAAGCUUCAAUGAAGGAUUUGAAGAUGAUGAUGUGAAGGAAUCAAGAAAAUUUGCAAGGAAUAUUACUCAGAAAAUGUGUGACAAUCUUUUGGGUCAUCGAAGGGAUGAAACUUUGAUUUCUUCCGUGUUUUCAAAUGGUUAUACUGGUGAUGAAAGUUCAUUUGAAAAAUCCGAGAAUGAUUAUGCAGUAGAAAAUCUGAGUGAUUUGGAAGUCAUAUCUUCCUCUUCACGACAUUCAUGGGAAUAUGUUAACAGAUAUAGUAGCCCAUAUUCGUCAUCCUCAUUCAGUCGAAUAUCAUGUUCUCCAGAGUCAUCUGUGUGUAGAGAAGCCAAGAAGCGACUGUCGGAAAGAUGGGCCAUGAUGACGACACAUGGGAACUAUCAAGAGCGUAGGCAGGUUAGGAGAAACUCAAGUACAUUGGGUGAGAUGCUUGCACUGUCAGAUGCAAAGAAAUCAACAGUAACAGAUAAUGAAGUUAAUGAACAUGAACAAAGUGAUUUAGACCCCUGUCUUAAUAGUGAUGAAAAUAUAGAACGUCUGGAUGAUUCUCCCACAACACUUGAAAUGUCGAAGUCUGUUUCAGGAUCUUCUGCAUUGUUUGGUGUGCUUAAUCUUGAAGCUUCAGAUCUUGAUAUCGUCAAAACUGAUGAUCCGAAGUGGCUAGGAAAGCCAAAGGGUGUCAAGUCAUCAUUUAAUGAGAAAGUUUCAAGUUUAUUUUUCUCUAGGAAUAAGAAAACAGUUAAAGAAAAAUAUAGUGGAUCUCAAACUAAAGAUGAACCCCAAUCUUGUAGUGCCGAGACACUCUCAUCCUCAGCUUUCAUUCAUCAUUCAAGAGGUUUGAGUAAUGCUGCAUUUCAUUCUAAUGAUGGUGAAGGGUGCUCAGCCGGCACUUCUUUCCUACAUUUAACUAAUGUGGUUGGAAGAGGAGGUGCAGUUCAUCAUGAGGCAGGGUUGUCAGUGAGAAGGCCAUUCGUGGCUGGAAAUGUUGGUGAAAAUCAGGAGCAGCCAAGUCCAAUAUCCGUUCUGGAACCACCAUUUUCUGAAGAUGACAACACACAUUUAGAAUUGUCCAGCUAUUUGAAGCCAAGGAAUCAGGAGUUCUGUAUGCCAUUGAAGAAUAGCCUCAUCGACAAAUCACCACCUAUAGAAUCAAUUGCUCGGAGUAUAUUUCGGGAUGGUUCUUAUUCAGGUUCAUCUGCUCCUUGUGCACUCAAGUCUCCACCAGUUUCCACUUGUCUGAAGGAAGAACAAAACUGGCAUUGCCUUGUUCAAGCCCUUCUUACCAUGUCUGGUCUAAGUAAUGAAAUACAACAAUGUAGCUUAUUGUUUACCAAGUGGCAUUCACUUGCCAAUCCACUAGAUCCAUCUCUAAGAAACAAAUAUGCCAAUCUAAGCAGCAAAGAGCCAAUGCUCGAGGCUGAGCGAAGACAGCUACGAUCAAGUAGGAAGCUAGUGUUCGACUGUGUCAAUGCUGCCUUGAUCAAUAUAACAAGUCAGGAACUCGAUCACAGGCAAACCAAAAUAUUGGCCCACGACACAUCACUAACAUUAUUGGACUAUGUUAUGGUCAAACUGAAAGAUUGGAUUUGUGGUGAAUCUAGAUGUCUUACAGGAGACAUUGGGGACAGCAACAGCCUAGUAGUGGAAAGGGUAGUCAGAAAAGAGGUAGGAGGAAGAAACUGGGAUGAGCAUCUACUGAUGGAAAUGGAUAAUUUGGGGAAAGAAGUAGAAAGGAGAUUAUUGGAAGAGCUUUUGGAAGAGGCUGUUGUUGAAUUGACAGGUAAAGUUUGAUUAGAAUUUGCUUUUCUUUCUGUUGUAUUCUAUAAAUUAAUUCAUUACCUCUCUCACCUUUGUACCUGAUAUUCAAUAAUGAUGGUCCACUGAUUUAUUUUGUGA